CCGGAGCAGAAUCCGCUCCCUGGUGCGGAGGUGCCGCGGGAGCUCCGCCGACCUGGAGUUGGGAAGGGCCAGGCCGCGCGGGGCUAGGUCUCUGCCCAGGGAGGGUUGCACUUUCCGCGUUGCACUCAGUGAAGGUUUUGAGGCCUUAGUGGGAUCAUUUCUGAUCGGGAGCUUUUAACAAGCUCUUCCUUCCUCUGCUUUUCUGGGCGCGGGCGGACGGUUAAAAAGUGCCCGGAGGGUCACGUGCUUUCGGUGCCUCGGGUUUGAAAUGAUAGGUUUCAGGAUGAAUUAAGGCCAGCCUUUUAGAAAAAUUGCUGCAGCAAGAGGAACUUGAUCUCCUCGUGGUCUGCUUUCCGCUUCGGCUUGGAUGGACUUACCGGAGAACCCCUUCCGGAGCCAGCGAGCGGGGGGCGCUCAGGAGCCCUGUGGGGGAUCUCGACGGGGGUGGUGUGUCCUUGGCAGUCCGGUGCAGUUCUCGGGUUUUUUCUCCUUGAACUGUUUUGAGGGACGUCGUCUCCCCAAGACGCAGUUUGGGGCGCCGGGUCCCCUCUGCAGCCUCUGUAGGUGGUGUGGUUACGUAGGCAGCCCGGCCUGGCCAUGCGGGAGCAGGUUCUGUUCGGCUGCCUUCUCUUUGGAAAGUUUGAAAACGUUUUCCGAAAAGGCCAUUUUACGUAGAGCACUUCCUGUGUUUGAGGCCCUCCCUGGGAGUUUGAGGCUGCGAGUCGGCCUGGGUUAACAGUUGGGAAACUGCAUGCUUUUCAUUCUUUGUUUUUCUGAGGUUUUUUGGGGGGGGGGCUCAGUAGGGUUUUUAAAGUCCAUUGACACUAGCCCAUGAGGUUUUUGUAGGGGAGGGGUGGAGGUCCUUCAGCGGAGGCAGUUGGCGAGGAUGGUGCAGAGCGGGCUAGGGCUCAGUGCCCCACGGAGGAGCCGAGGGUCCUGGUGCCGCAGGCUUGCUUCCCUGAGGGCUGGAGGGGGAAUCCCGCAGGCAGAGGCCCCAGGGUUGGCUUGGCUGGGUGAGGGGGCAUCGUGUGACAUCGUGGGAGGCUCUGGUCAUGGGUGGCCAGGCCUUGGUGACCAGGUGAUUUGAUGAGGGGUGUUGCUGGGUAAGUUCUCUUUCUGGACGUUUUCUGAGCCAUUAGGACAUCGCCAGUUUGUUUGCCACAUAGAAGCCCUCGGAGGGCUCUUCUGCUGGGUGCUAGGCGCCCCGCCUCCUGCAGCGCGGCCCUCAGCGGGAGAAAGUCCAGUCACGCGGAACCAGCAUCGUCCCAGAUAUAGCAGUUGGUACAAAGCGGGGAUCUGACGAGCUCUUCUCUGCCUGCGUCACUAACGGCCCGUUUAUCAUGAGUAGCAAUUCGGCCUCCACAGCAAAUGGAAACGACAGCAAGAAGUUCAAGGGGGACAGCAGGAGUGCAGGCGUGCCCUCCAGGGUGAUCCACGUCCGCAAGCUCCCCAGCGACGUCACCGAGGGGGAGGUCAUCUCCCUCGGGCUGCCUUUCGGGAAGGUCACCAACCUCCUGAUGCUGAAAGGGAAAAACCAGGCCUUCAUUGAGAUGAACACGGAGGAGGCAGCCAACACUAUGGUGAACUACUACACAUCAGUGACGCCGGUGCUGCGGGGCCAGCCCAUCUACAUCCAGUUCUCCAACCACAAGGAGCUCAAGACCGACAGCUCUCCUAAUCAGGCGCGGGCCCAGGCAGCCCUGCAGGCUGUAAACUCGGUCCAGUCAGGGAACCUGGCCUUGGCUGCCUCUGCUGCAGCGGUGGACGCUGGGAUGGCUAUGGCUGGACAGAGCCCGGUGCUCAGGAUCAUCGUGGAGAACCUCUUCUACCCGGUGACCCUGGAUGUGCUGCACCAGAUCUUCUCCAAGUUUGGCACCGUCCUGAAGAUCAUCACCUUCACCAAGAACAACCAGUUCCAGGCGCUGCUGCAGUACGCCGACCCCAUGAGUGCACAGCACGCCAAGCUGUCGCUGGACGGGCAGAACAUCUACAACGCCUGCUGCACGCUGCGCAUUGACUUCUCCAAGCUCACCAGCCUGAACGUCAAGUACAACAACGAUAAGAGCCGUGACUACACGCGCCCGGACCUGCCCUCUGGCGACAGCCAGCCAGCGCUGGAUCAGACCGUGGCCGCCGCCUUUGGUGCGCCAGGUAUCAUGUCCGCCUCUCCGUAUGCAGGAGCUGGUUUCCCUCCCACCUUUGCCAUCCCUCAGGCUGCAGGUCUCUCUGUUCCUAAUGUGCAUGGGGCCCUGGCGCCUCUGGCCAUCCCGUCGGCGGCAGCGGCAGCGGCAGCAGCAGGCCGGAUCGCCAUCCCUGGCUUGGCGGGGGCAGGGAACUCUGUCCUGCUGGUCAGCAACCUCAACCCCGAGAGAGUCACACCCCAAAGCCUCUUUAUUCUUUUCGGCGUGUACGGUGACGUGCAGCGGGUGAAGAUCCUGUUCAACAAGAAGGAGAACGCCCUGGUGCAGAUGGCCGAUGGCAGCCAGGCCCAGCUGGCCUUGAGCCACCUCAACGGGCACAAACUGCACGGGAAGCCAGUGCGCAUCACGCUCUCCAAGCACCAGAAUGUGCAGCUGCCCCGCGAGGGCCAGGAAGACCAGGGCCUCACCAAGGACUACGGCAACUCGCCCCUGCACCGCUUCAAGAAGCCCGGCUCCAAGAACUUCCAGAACAUCUUCCCGCCCUCCGCCACCCUGCACCUCUCCAACAUCCCGCCCUCCGUGUCUGAGGACGACCUCAAGAUGCUCUUCUCCAGUAAUGGCGGGGUCGUCAAGGGGUUCAAGUUCUUCCAGAAGGACCGCAAGAUGGCCCUGAUCCAGAUGGGCUCGGUGGAGGAGGCCAUCCAGGCACUCAUUGACCUGCACAACCACGAUCUGGGCGAGAACCACCACCUGCGGGUGUCCUUCUCCAAGUCCACCAUCUAGGCCCCCAGGACCAGCCUGCCAGGUGCCUGGCCACAACUUCCGUCAUUCCAGAAAAAAGCCACUUUAAAAAGCAGCUGAAGUGACCUUAAAAGACCAGAGAUUUUAUUUUUUUAAGAGAAAUCAGUUUACCUGUUUUUAAAAAAUUAAAUCUAAUUCACUUGCUCACCUAGGGGAGAUGGGGUGCAGUCCUUGCCUGCACCCCCUGCUCCCCGCCCCUCGCCCGUGCCUUCUGCAGCUGCGGGGUGCGUGCUCCCAAACCUCCACGCGGCUCUCUCGUGCCUUAAACCCGCUGCUCUGGCAGGGCCUUCUUGGGGUAGCAGGCGUGGAGGGCUUUUGGGGCCCAAGGGGCCAGCCUCCGCUGGGAUCGUGUGCCUGGUGUGGCAGGAGGCUGAGCGGCCAGUCUGGCCGACACCCCGGAUCCUUUAAUCAAGUGUGUGAUUCUCCCCCCAAGUCCCAGGGCGAGACCCCAGGGCAUGCCCCUGGCGCUUCGGCUUUGUUUUCACCGGAACCUUUGUAUUUCGCUUUGAUGCAGCUGCAGACUCUGUGCCUAGCAAUAUUUCCAGUUGACCAAAUAUCCUAAUCUUUCUCAUUUAUAUGCAAAAGAAAUAGUUUUAGGUAACUUUUUAUAUAGCAAGAUAAAAAUGGUAUGAGUGUAAUCUAAAGUUUCUCCAGCAAGUAUGACCUUGUAUACUGUUAUUUUAUUCCUUGUAACGAAGUCGCAGGGCAGGAUCCAGCCUCGGGGCAGACGCCGUGGCCGGCUGGGCGGCCCCCGCAUGCCUUACACCCGACGGUCCUCGGUCAGGGAGGACGAGCGCUCUUCAACUUUCAGGGUUUCUUUUUUCCUGCAAAUUUUGGACCAAAGUUUUUUUUUUUUUUUUUUUCUUUUUUGUCUGCCUCUAACGCUGGGACCCCAGGAGCUGGGGCAGCCGCCCUCCGGUCUUAACUGCCUCGUCCUGCACUCAUGGGUCCAAGGGGCUCCCGCGCACAGGCCCCAUGCUAGCCAGCCCUCCCUCGGGGUCUGGGCCCCGAGUUUCCAUGUCGGGUGGAACAAGGGUGUAAAUAUUUAUAAUUUUUUAUACCUGUUGUAAGUCACAAGGGGCAGCACACGCGGUUUUUUAUGGUGACAGAUGUAUAUUUUGAUAACAGCGGUUACAGGCUCAGUGUUGUAAGGGGAGCAGGCAGAGUCCACUGCCCGCCGCCAGCUUGUAAUGUGGAGAGAACUGAAUUAAAGCAAUUUUAUAACAACUCCUACCUUUUCCGUAGGCUCUUUUUUCCUGGCACAUUGUAGAAGGCAGCUGGGCCAGUCUGUACUGGACUUUGAAUAAACUCUCUGUACCUGCACCUGA